AUGGAGCUGAAACAGAGCAGUCUCUGAUCAAAAUUCACAGUGAACAUUUCGGCAAAAGUUUUUGGGUAAGUGUCGAUUGAUACUAAAUUUGGCAUAAGCAGCAGCAGAAGCAGCAGCAGCAGGAGCAGCAGCAGCCACAGCAUCCCAGUAAGUGGGAAUAGGAGCAGCAGUAGUAGCAGGAGCAGCAGCAGGAGCAUGCCGCUGGGCAAGAAUUUGGCGAUUGGCUCGGAGGAGGCGCGACGCCAGCGCGCCGAGCUGCGCACAAGCUACGGCAACAAGCUAUCCAACAUGAAUUUGGGUCGAUUGCGCAGUCGCGCCCACACUUCCUGCUCCGAGUCAAAUCCCUUUCAGAACGUUGUCCAUCCGACCUCGGCUGCACCGCCGCCAACCGCCUCGUUGAGACGCAUUGCAUCCAGUUUUGCCCACGUUAGCGAUGUCAACUGCGGCAGCUGUGCGGCUCUGCCGCUCGAAGAUUCCGAGGACGAUGCUCGCGAGGAGAUGGCCGAGGUCCUUAUACGCAGCGAGCCAUUCAAAAUGGCACCGGGAUUAGCGUCAAAGAGCCACCCAUUGGCAGGCACUGUAGGCGGUACCAAUGCCGAAAUCGGAACUAGAAUCGGAACCGGCACAGGCUCAAUGUCGGCAGCAGCUGCCGGAGCUGCUGCAGCGAACUAUGCUCGUGCCACCCGUCAGCCAGUGGAGGAGCGACGCAAUCAUUAUCUGUGCGCCAACGUGAUGCAAUCACGUGCCAGCGAACGUUGGAGUCAAAUCGCUGGAACGGUGUCCACGCUGUUCCGUGUGCGUCGCAUCUCGACGGCGGAUCCCCUGUCGGAGCUGCGACGCCUGAGAGAGCAACGUGAUCUGCUGGAGGCGUUCACGCGCCCAUUCCUCUACGAGGAUGGCAUAGAGCACAAGUGAACCAAACGCCAGCUGGCCAAGGAGCCCAAC